AUGGCUGCCGUGUUUUUGUCGUUUUGCAGGUUUGGUCGUCAUAUAUUUGUAAAUAACAGCUCUAUAAUAAAAAGAAAAGCUAUAUUAUUGCUACGAUUAACAAGUACGAGAGCUGUAGCAUGGAAGCCGCUUGGUAUUUUAAGUAAAAGAGAUGGACAGUGGAGGUUAUUGUUUGGAGUUGGUGGGUGCUGUCUGAGUGCUGGAGUCGCUCUUUGCUACGCUACAAAUGUAAUACAGAAACUAUGUAGAUCUACCAAGGAUAAUAAUGUCUUGGAAUUAGAAAGGUUAUUAAAGCAAGGACAUGAUGUCAAUCAAAAACAUUCACUUGGUUGGGCUCCUAUACAUGUGGCAGCAAUUAAUGGAAGUGAUAGGGCUCUUCAACUACUCCUUGAAGCUGGAGCAGAUCCUAAUACACUAGAAGAGUUUAGUAGUGCAUUCAAAGUAGCACAGAAGAAACAAAGGGGAACAUAUGAAGUUAUACUGGAGAGAGAAAACACUUUCAGUGAAAGACUAAACAAAGGAGCUAACUUCUCAGGCUUCACUCCUCUACAUUAUGCAGCCCUAGCAGAUAGUUAUGAAUGUGUUCAGCUUCUUCUUAAUGCAGGUGCUGAUCCAACUAUAAAGGAUGACACUGGUCAUAAUGCUAUAAGCUACACAAGAGAACAAUCUAUUAUAAACAUUAUCAAUGAAUAUACUACCAAGUUUGUAGAAGAAAAAAAGAGAAAAGAAGCUGAAGAGAGAAGGCGUUAUCCUCUUGAGAAAAGAAUCAAAGAACACAUUGUUGGACAGGAAGGACCUAUAUUGACUGUUGCUGGAGCCAUUCGCAGGAAGGAAAAUGGAUGGCAUGAUGCAGAACAUCCCCUUACUUUUUUGUUUUUGGGUUCUUCAGGGAUUGGAAAAACAGAGCUUGCUAAGCAAAUAGCCAACUAUAUUCACAAAGGCAACAAAAAGGGGUUUAUUCGUCUUGAUAUGUCAGAAUACCAAGAAAAACAUGAAGUAGCUAAAAUGAUUGGUUCCCCCCCUGGUUACAUAGGACAUGAUCAGGGGGGACAAUUGACUAAAAGACUCCAAGAAUGCCCUGAUGCUGUGGUUCUGUUUGAUGAGGUUGAUAAGGCCCAUCCAGAUGUGCUUACUGUUAUGUUGCAGUUAUUUGAUGAGGGGAGACUAACAGAUGGCAAAGGAAAGACAAUAGAUUGUAAGGAUGCCAUUUUUGUUAUGACGUCAAACCUUGCUAGUAAUGAAAUCGCCAACCAUGCACUGGAAUUACGACAGGAAGCCCAUGAGGCUGCUUUAAUGAGAAAAGAUAAGAAUGAAAUAACAGAACAAGUAACAAUAUCCCGAAAAUUCAAAGAAAAAGUUGUUCAACCAAUCUUAAAGCGUCAUUUCCAAAGGGAUGAAUUUCUUGGCAGGAUUAACGAGAUCGUCUACUUCUUGCCGUUUUCUCGCACUGAACUCCUACAGCUAGUUUCACGAGAGCUGGAACAUUGGUGCAAAACGGCCUUGAAACGUCACGAUAUUCACAUCACGUGGGACAGAGAAGUGAUGGAUGUUCUUGCUGACGGCUAUGAUGUAUAUUAUGGUGCUCGCUCUAUUAAGCACGAGGUUGAACGACGCGUCGUCRACCAGUUAGCAGCUGCGCAUGAACGAGAACUGAUCGAACAUGGUAGCACCAUCCAUAUUACAGUAGACUACAGCCUACAACACGAAAACCACAGGAAACCCUCGAAGGAACAGAGAGACGUGUCUGUAACCCCUAUGAUAAAACUACAGCUCGUUAAAGAAGGCAGCAAGAAGGUUGACAUUGACAUUAAAAGCGACCUGAAUCAUGAAGAUUACAAAUUGAUAUUCUAAAAUAAACGGUUGCUUAACAA